AUGAACAAAAUUGAGUUUUUGCCAAAUACAGAAGCACUUGGUAUUGGAUUUUCUAAGUGCAUGAUCAUUGGAGGAUAUGUAGUUCUUGAUCCAAAGAAUUUUGCAUUAGUUGUUGAUUUAGAUCCAAAAAUCCGUUGUUACUCCAGGUUAAUAUCUUCAAAUACAGAGAAAACAAUCGUUCAUGUCUCAACAAUAGGCAAAAAGCCUAAUUCUGAAGAAAAUAUGUUCAAAUAUGAUUUUACAUUUUAUGAAGAAAAUUGGAAAGCAGAAAAUAUACAAAAGCAGUUUGAAAAAUUCAUUCUUGCAGUACUUAAUGCCUUCUUUACCUACUAUAACAUAUCAAAACCAGUGGAAUUGGACUUAAAUAUCGUGGCCGACCCAGAAUUUUACACUCAAGGCGGUAAAACAGGUCUUGGAUCAAGCUCUGCUACAAUCAUAUCAAUAAUGAUGUCAUUGAUGAAAUUAUCACAACAAAUUUCCGAAGAAAUUACUCCAGAACAACAAGAUCUCCUGUUUCAACUUGCAUCAGUUGCAAACAGUAUUGCACAAAAGAAGAUUGGAUCAGGAUUCGACCUCAGCUGUGCUAUUUGGGGACCACAAAUCUUCAGAAGACCAGAAUCAAGUUUAAUUUCAACAGAAAAUAUUGGAAAAGACUGGGGAAACACUCAUACUAAGUUCCAUUUACCAGAUUGGAUGAGAUUAUACCUUAUCAAAAGCGGAGAAGGCUCUUCAACAGCAGAUUUGGUUAGAUCUUUCAAUUCACACAAAUCAGAUCCAAAGGAUACUCCAUUAUACGAAGAACUAAUCAAAGCAAAUACUUUGGCUUGCGAUGCACUUCAGAGUGGAGAUAUUGAACAAAUUAAAAUCAAAUUUGCAGAAUUAAGGAAGAUUCAAGCAAGAAUUACUGAUGAAUGGAAAGUUCCAAUUCUUCCAAUGGAAAUUAGAGAAUUAAUUUCUAAAUUUGAGAAAAUUCCAAAUUAUAUCACUGCAAUUCCACCUGGUGCAGGUGGCUACGAUGCUAUAGCAGUAAUAACUAAAGGAAAAACCGAAAUUCCAGAAGAAUUCACUGUCAUUGCCGAAAAACAAAUAUAA